ACUGCUCCCUGCUUCCCUUCCUUAGCGGACACGCUAGCAUCAAUGCAUCCAAUCAUGUCUCCUCGCUUGUCCCUUAUUUUAUCUUCCUUAAUCUUUUUCUUUCCUUGCCCGUACUCUAAGUUCUUACCAAGUCUUUCUCAUGUUCCUCGUCAUCGCACUAUUUCAUCCACGCAACCUUCCACUUUCGCGUCCGUAUCAAACACUAAACACUACUUAUUCCACGUCCUACGCGACUUGACGAAAUUUUCUUACGCUCAUUCGCACCUUGCUCUCGUCUAUUCUAAUACUUACUACCUAAUAUCUAGGUCAAUAUUAUAUUAUCGACGGAACUUGCGUCCUGCUUUCGUGGCUGCAGAAACCCAUGAUUCGGUCGAUUACAUCCACAACCUACGCAGAAGCAUCGUCAGUCCGUUUUACGGCUAGCAGUUCGCACUGGGCCCGGAGCUAUUGGAUAGCCACCAGUCCAGGCUCCUAAAAUAUUGACGGUAUCGCAGGUUUCGCUCAGCCUCCACAAGAAUGCAUAUCUGUUCACAUUUUAUCGCGAAUGGAAAACCCCAAACAAUGGUUCAGGAGAGGAUUACGUGGAUUAACAAGCUCUUUCUUUUCCGUCCCGCGAGUACCUAAACGAGGUAAACGAGACGGCAAAUUGUUAGGUUGUGCUGCUGUCGCACUCGAGCAUCCUACAAAUUUUAUUUUAUCCCUCUUUUCUUUGUUUGGCUGUGAUGAUCCCUUUU